GGAAUUAUCCGUGACGCGGCUCCCUCACCUGGCAGCCGUUGCCCUCAGCUGGAGAAGAUGAAGGCAUCCGUGGUCCUCUCCCUUAUUGGGUACCUGGUGGUUCCAAGUGGUGCUGCUGUCUUGGGGCGCUGUGUGGUGGCUAAGAAGCUCCACGAAGGAGGCCUGAGUGAUUUUGAGGGCUACAGCCUUGAAAACUGGGUGUGCCUGGCUUAUUUUGAGAGCAAAUUCAACCCCACGGCCGUCUACGACAACUCGAGUGGUAACUUCACCGGCUACGGCCUCUUUCAGAUCCGCAACGAUGACUGGUGUGACCAUGGCAAGAACCGUUGCCACGUGUCCUGCUCUGCUUUACUGAAUCCGAAUUUAAAUCAGACAAUUGAAUGUGCAAAGAAAAUUGUAAAAGGAAAAAGAGGGAUGGGAGCAUGGCGCUCCUGGUCCCUGAACUGCCGGUACUCUGACACUCUGGCGCGGUGGUUGGACGGAUGCGAUCUGUAGCUGCCGGGCAGCCCUCCCCGCACUCACCACUGGCAUCUUCCAGAUGAAGAUGCUUUCCUGUUUGUUGCCUUCCCUCAAUCCCAUUGAUUAUCUCACAGCUUGACAACUCCACAUGGAAAAGGGCACGAGUUUGCUUCAUCCAGGGAUGCAGGAUGCAGAAUAAACUGCUAGUUAUUCACCCUGG